AUAGCGGCGCUUCCACGCGACUACUUCAAUCCAUUUGGAAGCGAGCGCGGCAACACGCGGAAUAAAAUUUAUUCCGGAAUAAAAUCAAACAAUUUCACUGGCUCCUAGUCUCCGGGGUGCAAUUGGAAAUUUAAAUUAAGUAAACAAAUCGCCUUAGUGCUGAGCAAAUGUCCGGAAAAUGACGGAAUUCGAUUUUGUGCCUAUCGCCGUGGGCGUGGUUGCCGUAGUCGCCGGCGCCCUCAUCGUCCACUAUUUCCUGAACAGGAAGUCCACCAAACCCCGCCGGGAACCCAAUCGCACCGCCCGUCUCCGCACUCUGGUGGAUCCCAACGACAAAUACCUGCUGCCCCUCGUGGAGAAGGAGGUGCUCAGCCACGAUACCCGACGAUUCCGCUUCGGAUUGCCCUCCAAGCAGCAUGUCCUUGGCCUGCCGGUGGGUCAGCACAUCCAUCUGAUCGCCACCAUUGACAACGAACUGGUGAUCCGUCCGUAUACGCCCAUCUCGUCGGACGAAGAUGUCGGCUACGUGGAUCUGGUGGUCAAGGUCUACUUCAAGGACUCGCAUCCCAAGUUCCCGGCCGGCGGCAAGAUGACCCAGCAUUUGGAGAAAAUGGAACUGGGAGAUAAGAUCUCCUUCCGUGGUCCCUCCGGACGGCUGCAGUACCUCGGCAACGGCACCUUCUCCAUCAAGAAGCUGCGCAAGGAUCCGCCCAAGAAUGUCAACGCCAAGCGGGUGAACAUGAUUGCCGGCGGCACUGGCAUCACUCCCAUGCUGCAGUUGGUCCGCGAGGUCCUCAAGCGCAGUGACAAGGAUAAGACCGAACUGGCGCUUCUGUUUGCCAAUCAGAGCGAAAAGGACAUUCUUCUCCGCGACGAACUGGACGAACUGGCUCAAAAGCAUCCCGAGCAGUUCAAGGUCUGGUAUACCGUGGACAAGGCGGCUGAAGGCUGGCCAUAUAGCGUGGGCUUCAUCAACGAGGACAUGAUCGCCGCCCACCUCCUGCCCGCCUCGGACGACACCAUCGUGCUGCUGUGCGGCCCACCGCCCAUGAUCAACUUUGCCUGUAAUCCGGCCCUGGACAAGCUUGGCUACCAUCCGGACACCCGAUUCGCCUACUAGAGAGGAUCGCCCGCUUCGGCCCGCGACGGUCGGGAGUAAUUUGCAUUUUGGUUUCGUCAGUGCCCCAUUUAUUCCACAUAUUUUUGCUCCAUCACCCCGCCACCUGCUCAUCCAGUGAUCCUAGCCGGCCGGAAUCACCAAAAAUAUCACACUACGGGGAUCCGGGAUCGAUGUGAUUGAACGCUAAGCGAGUGCAACAAAAACAUCAAUGCUAAUUGUUGUAGUUCUUUUUUUUAUUAUUUUCCAUUGUGAAUAAAGUGUUAAAAAAAAUCGGGAA